ACAGAACAAAAGUCAAGCGUGAGAUCACCACCCGAAAAAUCCCCAGGCCUAUACAAACCCCCGGAUCCUUCCCAUCGAGCCGAGCUUCUUUUCCUCGAUCAGCGAGCAACUGACGACAGAAUCGUCCCGUCCCAGUCUCACCGUCAUUAAUUCCCCUCGACCCAUUCUCGCCUUUUCCACCUUGUUGUUCCUUGUGUGUUGCGCUGCUGCACGCCUCCGAUCCUCCUAGUGUAAUACCCCUGUCCUACCCCGAUAGACGAAGCUCCGAGGCGCUUGGCCACUGCAUCUCACGAUCCACUUUGUCUCUCUUUUUUUGUGCACCCACAGGCGGUCUAUGGGUAUUUUGGUCCAGCUCGACAGGCGGUCUGCGUUUUAUGUACGAUCGGCAGGCGGUCAAGCCCAGUAAUUGCGUUGGCAGACAAUUCAUCCAGGGGUCGUCAGGCGGUCAAACGGAUCCAAGUCGCGAUACCAUUUAUUCAUAAGCCGACAGGCGGUCAACCACCCCGCGUGCGCUACGAUUCCCCUCAACGAUGCGCAUGUAGAAGACCUCGAAGUCAGUCCUGACUAUGGCCUUCAACUUCAACUGGUCGCCGCUUGCGGCCGAUGCUGAGUUCUACAAGCGCGCACAAGAGCUUCUAACAAGCGCACUAAACAAAUACCCGAAACCUCCCAUUAUCGUCGAUGAUAUUCUCGUCACCGAGUUGAAUCUGGGCUCUGUGCCCCCAGACCUCGAGAUCCUCGAGAUUGGAGACCUUGCCGAGGAUAGGUUUCGGGGCAUUUUCAAGAUGUGCUAUUCUGGUGAUGCUUUCCUGACACUGCGGACAAGAGUUCAGGCAAAUCCAUUGAAUACAUACCUCUCAGCUAAGCCGACCUUCACGUCGCCACAGCCAUUAGCAGCAGCAGCUGGAUUGACAAUUCCUCUUUCUAUUACUUUGUCUGAAAUCAAGCUGUCUGCGUUUAUCAUCUUAGUCUUUUCCAAACAGAAGGGUCUCACACUAGUCUUCCGCAAUGACCCUCUUGAGUCUCUCAAGGUCUCAUCGACCUUUGAUUCUAUUCAGUUCGUUCGUGACUAUCUUCAAAGGACCAUUGAAGGCCAGUUGAGAAAUCUCAUGAUGGAAGAACUGCCAGCUAUUAUCCAUAAGCUCUCACUCCGGUUAUGGUGUCCUGACCAAAUACCUAGAGAAGAGGAAAUCGUAAAAGACAAUGAUGAAGAUGAGGCCGUUGUUGACCCAUUCGCAAACCCACCCGUUGAGGCAGUUGACUCUUAUGGCCAUGUUCUCGAUGCAGCUGAGAUUGCUUCACUGUCAUUAGACAGCGGAUCAGGGGCGCAGUCGUUAUUCUCACAGAAGAACAUGCUCAGAUUGGCUGCUUUGACUGAUUCUCACCGGACAUUGUCGCUGUUUACCCCCGGUAUUCGCCAUGCCAUGUUCAGGGCCUGGGCCGGUCCAACAGACCGACAUGAUACAGGUGUAUCAACGCCUAUGGCAACACCUACCAUGUACCGAAUGCCGUCUGCACAUGGUAGUUCGACGAUCUACACAUUCACUGAUGCUAGUAGUGUGGACCAGGGCACUCUACCCACACGCCCUUCUUUGGUUAGUGUUAAUUCAGCUGCUAGUGGGCUUGGCCUAGGAGCUGGGAAGCAUUCACGAAACCUUCGGAAAAAGAAGACUCGUGUGGUAAAUUUGCGGCGGCCGAGGGCUGGAAGCGAGACAAGUAGCGAUGCUGGUGAAACCGUAUCAGAUACAGUAUCGGUUACCGUCCCCAACUCGGAACUUAUCCUACCUACAUCAAUUCCCGAAGAAGUUGAAGAAGAACCAACAAUAUCACAAGUUUCCGCUCAGAGUCGGUUUGGCGAAAGGAAUUCAGCGCCCAUCAGAACCCCAUUGAACACAGACAGAUAUGAAGACCUCGCCAUACCGGAAAGAGCCCCCGCAGAUGGAAGCAAGACGGUCCCAAACUAUAUGGAGAGAAUAACAAGCCAAAAUGCAUCAUCUAGACGGCCAGAUUUGAAAACCUCAAAAUCUGAUGGCUCAGAGACGAACACUGUGAUGUUGGAGGAAGCUUGGAUCAUGAAGAUGGCUGACGAAAUCGCUCGCCGAGUAUAUGAUGAGAAGCAACGUAACGAGAAGUUGUGGGAUGAGCGCGACGACGCGCCUCCACCAGCUUAUCAAACCGUUCAAUAACUUCACCCGCGCCUCGCCCAUUCCUGGGUUUCUCCUUUGUCGUUCACUAUCUUCCGAUAAACUGUACUAACAGACAUGGCUUUCUCGAUUGAGUUUAUUGUACUAUAUCCAUCAUUUUUAAUGUUUAUUUUGCGGCGAAGGCUGUUCAGCAGCGGCGUUACGGGGAACAAUUCUGGUCGGGUUCAAAAAGUUU